UUCCUGGAUAAUUGUUCCAGUUGGAUUGCUGGUUCUGGUUUUUAUUGCUCUAUUGGCUCGUGUUCUCGUCAAAAGAAAACCACCCAAGGACCCUCUGUUUUAUGUUUAUGCUGUAUUUGCCUUUACCAGUGUAGUGAAUCUAAUAAUUGGACUUGAACAGGAUGGAAUUAUUGAUGGAUUCAUGACUCAUUACUUGAGAGAGGGUGAACCGUAUCUGAACACUGCAUAUGGCCACGUGAUCUGCUACUGGGAUGGCUCCGUUCAUUAUCUGAUGUACCUGUUGAUGGUGGCAGCUAUUGCAUGGGAACAAAGCUAUAGAACCAUUGGCCUCUACUGGCUAGGUUCCAUUAUCAUGAGCAUCAUUGUCUUUAUGCCUGGAAACAUUGUGG